AUGAGGAACACAAUGCUUCGAAGAUAUUACGAUUCACUCGUUAAUAGGAAAAGUGGAAUCGCCGGCGGUGUGAUUCGAUCCCCGAUCUUCAUUUUCAAACUCUUCGCCUCCGCAGCCUUCGUCUUCUUCAUUCUCUAUGUUCUCUUCAUUUCCUCCACCAAACCCUCCCAUUUCACCCUCGUAACUACCAUAACCCCUCCUGAUUUGUCUGAUGAUCCAAACGGGGUUCGAUCGAUCGGAAGGUCCGUACUCGGUCUCAAAUUGGAUCCGUUGAAGCCGAGACUCGACCAGAUCAAAAAGCAAGCCGACGAUCAUCGAUCUCUUGUUCUCAAUUACGCCGCAUAUGCUCGGAAGCUCAAGCUCGAGAACUCCAAGCUUGUUAGGGUUUUCCAUGAUCUCUCUCGCAAUUAUACAGAUCUGAUCACGAAACCUCCCUACAGUUCUCUGUUCGGCAAGUAUUGGAACUCAUUUGAUGAAGCCAAGGUAUGGCAGUUCGAGAAGGCGGUCAAAGAACGGAUCAAAGCCACUCGGAAAGUCAUCGCAGAGGCGAAAGAGUCUUUCGACAAUCAGCUCAAAAUUCAGAAGCUGAAGGAUACGAUUUUCGCGGCAAAUGAGCUGGUCUCGAAGGUGAAGAAGCAAGGGGCGUACUCGAGUUUGAUUGCCGCGAAAUCGAUUCCUAAGAGCCUGCAUUGCCUCACAAUGAGGUUAAUGGAAGAGAGAAUUGAGCAUCCAAACAAAUAUUCCGACGAAGGAAAGACAAUGCCUCCAGAAUUGGAGGAUCCAAAACUCUACCACUACGCCAUUUUCUCCGAUAAUGUGAUUGCAGCGCCUGUUGUGGUGAAUUCUGCAAUCAAGAACUCGAAAGAGCCAUGGAAGCAUGUGUUCCAUGUUGUGACUGAUAAGAUGAAUCUCGGAGCAAUGCAGGUUAUGUUCAAGAUGAGGGACUACAAUGGAGCUCAUGUUGAAGUGAAGGCAGUGGAGGAUUACAAGUUCUUGAACUCUACGUAUGUUCCCGUGAUUCGACAGCUUGAGUCGGCAAAUAUGCAGAGCUUUUACUUUGAGAAUAGGGUUGAGAACGCAACAAAAGAUGCAAACAACAUGAAAUUUAGGAACCCCAAAUACUUAUCCAUCCUGAAUCAUCUGAGGUUCUACUUGCCAGAAAUGUACCCGAAAUUGCACAGAAUUUUGUUCUUGGAUGAUGAUGUGGUUGUUCAGAGGGAUUUGACAGGCUUGUGGAAGAUAGAUAUGGAUGGGAAGGUUAAUGGAGCUGUUGAGACUUGUUUUGGAUCAUUCCAUAGAUAUGCACAGUACAUGAACUUCUCACACCCUUUAAUCAAAGCCAAGUUUAAUCCAAAGGCGUGCGCAUGGGCUUAUGGGAUGAACUUCUUUGAUUUAGAUGCUUGGAGAAAGGAGAAAAGCACACAACAGUAUCACUACUGGCAGAAACGGAACGAGAACCGGACCUUGUGGAAAUUGGGGACAUUGCCCCCCGGCCUGAUCACAUUUUAUUCCACAACAAAGCCACUGGACAAGUCUUGGCAUGUUCUGGGGCUUGGCUAUAAUCCAAGCAUAAGCUGGGAUGAGAUUCGUAAUGCUGCAGUUGUGCACUUCAACGGGAAUAUGAAGCCAUGGCUUGAUAUUGGCAUGAACCAGUUCCGGCCACUUUGGACAAAGUAUGUUGACUAUGACAUGGAGUUUGUUCAGGCCUGCAAUUUCGCUCUCUAAAUCAAUGGUCGUAGUUGAAACCUUGCUUGGGGAUCUGCCAAAGCUAGUCCUGCCUGCUGCAAGCAUCUGUUCUUUUAGACUCCCAACUUUUUCUUACAUGUAAAUCAAGUUUUCAUGUAUUUGCAUUUAGAAUUUUCAUCUCCAUCCAACAUAGCCAUU